CUACUAAACUCUUCUCUUAUUUUUUUUCAGAUUCUUCUGACCCUCUUCAGAAGAAAGGGCUUAACUUAGGUAUUGAUGGACAUGGAGCAGAAGGAUGCUGACAGCUUAAAAUGCAAUACAUUGCGAGUGCUAAUCAACUACCCAAAUGGUAUCAAAUUUGGAGACUUCAUUGGUGCUUAUUAUCAGAUUCAUCAUUUUCAUCCCCAAUUAUCUCAUUACGGGUACAGUUCCCUCAGACAUUUAUUAGAUGAAAUGAGAGAAACUGUUGUUGUUAAAGGCAGUCAAACAAGCGAGCCCGUAAUGAAGCUAAUAGAUGGUUUAAAUAUUGGUGGUUGGCUGGAUGAAAUUGAAAACGACGGACUGGACAGUUUUGAAGAGGAAGAUUCAAGAUUGAAGGUGGAAGAAGAUUCAAGAUUGAAGGUGGAAAAAAGAGCAAGAAGGAAAGAUGCAGCAGCAGAUCUGGCUGAAGUCUUAGCUACAGUUACUAAUCUCCUAAUAGAAUAUCAGUCAGGUUUGAAGUUUGAUAAAAUGAAGACACUCUUGCUUUCCACAAUUGGAGUUGAUCUACAGACAUUCAGCAUUGCCAAAGGCUAUAAGGAUGCUAUAACCUUUUUGGUUGACCACGUACCUAAUCUAAUCAUCAGACAUCGAGACGACAAAUGUGUUGUCCAACUUUCUAAAGAUUUAACAGUUGCAUCAGUGCCAAUUUGUAGCAUCUUGAAAUUAUAUCCCGAUGGCUUGAAGUUGUCGAAGUUAAAAGAGGCAGUGAAGAAGAAAUGUGGAUAUGACCUGUAUGUAUUUUGCUUUCUGGUUGGCUAUAACGACAUAGUUUCCUGCCUCCAGGAGAUUCCUGAGCUGGUAGUAAAGAGGAAUUCGAACAGGAAUUGUACGGUUCGACUUAAGUCAGCUUCCUUUAGCUGCUCUUCAUACGGAUCCAGCCCUUUUUCCUCUUCUGGCUCAGAUCAGCCUAUUUGCAUCUCAAACAGUCCAAUCCAAGAUGAAUCUGAAAAGAAGGCUCUACUAAACAAAGUCAUGGCAUCACUCACUGACCUCUUAAGCAGGUAUAUUUCUGGCCUGAGAGUUAAGAAAAUGAAAGAGUUGCUGCUGACAGAAGAAGGGAUUGAUCUUGAGAAGGUCACCUUUGCCUUGGGAUACAAAAACAUGGUGAAAUUUUUGGAGCAAAAUAUGCCUCCACUGAUUUUGAACUACAAAAGGAAAAGACUUUAUAGUGUUUCCAUUCAACCUCUCUCAGUUCCUCUUCUGAAAUCCAAAGGAACAGCUGACCCACCAAACUCCGCUCCAAAUGUGCCAAUUCCUUUUCCGAAAUCUGUAGAAACAGCUGACCCACUAAAUUCUGAAAAAGUUCCCCUCAGAUGGUCUUCAUGCGUAUCCAGCUCUUCUUCUGACUCAGAUCAGACAUCAAACAAGUCAAACCAAGAUGAACCUGAUAAGAGGCCUGUACUGAGUGAUGUCAUGGAUUUGGUUACUGCCCUCUUAAGCAAUUAUAAGAACGGCCUGAGAAUUAAGAAAUUGCAGGAUUUUUUGCUGACAGAUGAAGGGCUUGAUCUUGAGAAGUUCAGCAUUGCCCAGGGCUACAAAGACACAGUGGAAUUUUUGGAGCAAAAGAUGCCUCAACUGAGAUUGACCUAUCAAGUUAAUAGGGAUAAUACUCUUGUCACUCAAUCUCACUCAGCUUCUGAGGGUCAUGCCCAGCAGAUGCAAGGCUCAACGUCUGCCGUCAGAGACCUCUCUGCAAGUGACUCUCAGUGUCAAAACAUACCUGCUUCAAUUGCUGUUAUCCCUCCUGAAGUAAAUAAUGUGUUUCACACCACCCAGUCUUGUCCAUCUACCAUGUCCUUAAACUUACCUUCAUUUCAUGAGUCCCCCAAUACUGUAUCAGUCAAAGCCAAGAGUUCCUCUGUUGUUCGGUCACAGCAGCCAAACCCACACCAGCCCAGUGCAAAAUCGGUCACCGAACAGAUACUUGGCAAUUCACACAUGACCACAUUCCAACCCUCAACUGUUCAGGAUGAACUGAAGCAACAAGUGGCCCGGGUUCUGGCGAGGCACCCAAACGGGUUGUCUCUGUUCCAGUUCCGAAUUGCCUAUAGUGCUGCCUUUAAACAACAUUUUCCAGUAGGUAAUGCUUCUUCUACCAAGGAACGUCUCCUCGAGAUGCCAGACGUUGUUUGUAUGAAGGGUCAGGGAGUUCAGGUAUUGCUGUUCCCUGUGUCCCCUGAUGUGUCAACUGCAAAACCAGGUCAGCCUGUCUCUUCCAAAGUUGAGAACGUUGCAGUGGAAUCUAACCUUUCAUUGGUCCAUCCUGUAGCUGUGACUAAAUCUACUAUAAAAACCCCUGGGGCACCACACUUAGGCUCCCCUGAAAAGCCAGUAAGCAAGGAUUGUUGCAUCUCUAAGGACCAACAUCGAAGCAUGCUUCUGCCCCAAUGCCAAGAACAAGAGAAGACCAGAACAAGCUUGCCAGGCUUUUCGGAUCAACUAUCGAAAGUAGAAGACAUUCCGGUGCUUCCUGGCUAUUUUGUGCAGGAUGAACCUGCUGUUCCCAGGGCUACCGUGAUGCCUAUACCUAGGUCCCAUCCUUCCUUCUUGCAAUAUUAUGAGUCCAUCAGGGCACUAGAAAACAAGAGAAAUAAGCCAUUCACUGAAUUUCACACCCAUAAUACCCCAGGUGUUGUUAAACUUAUGCAAAAGAACACAUCUCCUUUGAAUGGUCCUGAUCCCAAGCUAAGAGCGACCCCUUUCGUUCCACAUUACCCUGCAGCUUUACCUACAUAUCCUCAGGGCACAGUAUGCGGUGAGAAUUUGCAUCCAGGUAAAUCUCAAUUUACAUCUUCCACUAACUCAAAGGUUUCUGUUCCAUCAGUUGACUCAACACCAUCUCCCCCAGUUUUAGUAAAACCUGAAAUUUGCUCUCCAGGGAAUACAUCACAGAGUUCCAAUACUAUUCAGCCUAUUCUUCCAGUACAGCCACCAUCUCCAUCAGAACAAAGGAAUUAUAAUCAUGCUAUUGCAGAUUUUGAUUCCUUAUCUGAAGCGCAGAUACAAUCUAGAGCUGCUCACAAUUUCUCGAGUCCUAACUCCUCUGCAAAGAGUUUUACUCCUUCACUGCCUAGAAAGUCCAACAGCUUCUUUCCACCCAGAUCCCAACUAGACCACCAAUUGCAACAGCCUAACCAUGUAAGACUAGAUGAUCUGCAAUCUGUUUCUUCAGCAGAUCAGAGAAAAGCCUCUUUGGACCAAGUAUCUCCUGCAGCCGUGUAUCAGAGAACACCCACUUAUGCGAAUUCUCUCGAAACCAGCUCAAACACAGAAUCAUUCAUUGCCUGUUCAGUCGGUGGAUCCUUACACGCUUCAUCUGCGGUCACCAAUAAUUCUAGCACUUCGUCAUCUGUAUCCUCGAGGACAAGGGCAGCAAGUCCAUCAUCUUCUCAAUUAGACUUUACUGCCGACACAUAUGAUGAAAUUGCCUACACUUCUGCUACGAUCACCUGUAAAUCUAGUCCUUUGUUUUCUGAGACUCAGGUUUCCGCUCAGCAAAGGCAGUAUGUCAGGGCAGCUGCUACUGUAAUCUCAAACAUGGAAACAACAAGCCCCACUUCUUUGUCACCAGAAUCCACCACCGGUUCACACCACCAGUUUGCCUAUUCUAGCAGGAUCACCACUAAUUCCAGUGCCCUAUCUUCUGAGACUUAUGCUUUCACACAGACAACCGAGACGAUAAUUGCUUCAAGUACAAAAAUGGCGAGCUCUAUUUCUUCUUUAGAUUCUACCACCAGCAUACCUUGCCAGCAUGCCAAUGUUUCUGCCAAGGCCACCAAUACUUCUAGUGUUUUGUUAAAGUCCACCGCCUGUCAGACUCCAGAUGCUGAUUUCGAAGCUAGUUUAACUAAUGAUCCUCCUAGUCAGAAUAAUCUCACAUCCUCGUCAUCUGAACAGGAGGACCAGUCUUCCCCUCAGCAAAAAGAGCAGGUGCCUGUUAAUCCCAACCCCAAAACCUCUGGUAAAUGUCUCAUCCUAUAAUAGGCUAGCCUUCAAAUGGUCCAUGCGAAGACAUUUGCAUAUGGACACCCCCCCCCCAGGGAGAUGAAGAAUAGCCUCUUCAAUAUUCUGCCUAAGGGCAUUGAGAGACCAUUGUUGUCUACCCCAACCCAUGACCACCUAUCAACUAUCAAAUUCAAGGAAUUUUCCAAAUGUUAAAAAUAUUGUAAUUAAAUUGUUUCAGCCAUAAAAAGAACUGUCACUAGAUUACACACAAUGAGAUAGCUACCUCAAAUGGCACAUAACGUGGAGCUGUAGUACAGUACAGAGGAAAUAAUGAUGGGUGCUCUUACAACCAUUCCAGUGCCCUCUAGCUGAUCUGCUGGCUUUUUAUGUGAUGGAAGACACCAUCAAUAGCAUUGAGCCAAGGUCAGCUGAUUAACUCAUUUUCUGAAUGAGGAGUAGAAGCUGUGAUUUCCCCCCCUCCUCAGGUGGGGAUAUGCCCUGGGUUGUCUUGCCCAAAAUAUCACUGUGACAUCUUCCUUUUAGUUCUACUAACUAGAACUCUUAACAAAAAACACGACGGUAGAAUUGUAAUUGUCCAGGGUGUUCAGAUUCUGUGCUGGAAGCAGCUUGGUUUGCUGUUGUGCAUGCAUAUAAUGAUACUGUUCUGUUCCGAAAUCAUGGGCACAAACUGAUUCUUGAACCUUCAACCUUCUUUCUCAUUCUCUCUCAGAAAUAUUAAUUCUGAACCAAUUGUUUCAACAACUUUUAAAAAGUCAGAUUUGCGGGUUGUUGAAUGCGUUGCCUUCCAUAUCUUGUAAUGUCGGAGCAGAAUGGUUGAAGAUUAUGCUUUUUGUAUUUUCCUCUGGAAGUUCUGCUGAAUGGUCUCACAUGUUAUGUUUUGGUAGAUUUGGAAAAUUUGGACUCUUCUGAUUCUGAAUUAUGACCAAAGCAAAAUCUGAAGAUAUGCUAGAGUUUCUUUAAGAACGAGUGCGGUUAGAUUGGAAUGUGUUGCUUUCUGCUCUCCUGCUUCCCCACAUAGGCUGGGUGUUCACUUGCUCAUUUCCUGUUUUCCCAGCAUUCUUCCCUUUUACCUGUUCAGCUGUCAUUGAUGUCCCAGGCUGCAUAUGCCACUGGCUGACCUGUCCUUCAAUCUUCCCAAUACACUCCCCUUAGCCUCCUACCCUUUUUCUCAUAGCCUUCUCUUUUCAAUGAGAGCAGAUUUACUUUACCUCCUUUGUCUAAACCUGCUUCUGGCUUACUACCAAUCUUUUCUAGUUUGCAACUGCCUUUUUUCCAUAUGCCUAUAGAGAAAGAAGUUAACCUCUUAAUGGUAGUUAUUGCUGAAGGACAAGAAUCCAAGAGAAUCUAUCCAAUCAAUACUAAUUGAAGGCACGUGCAAUUUUUUUUUCAGUCAAGUAUUCUCCAGUUUACUUGCUGUUUAGGAAAUUAAUACUUAAUGCAUUUUUUUUUGUUCAUUGUGUGGAUCUUUUGGCUUAUAUUUUUGUGUCAAAUAAAAUAAAAUAUU